AACUUCGUGUGGUGGGUGAGAGUUUUGUGAGUCGCGGCGCGUCAGAUAAUAUUUCUCGUGUAUUUUUAGCGUUUUUAGGGUGAAAAGGUGCGAACAUGAGUGACCCGGAUAUGCUGUACGGCACCACGCUGUCCGUGGAGUCGAUGAAGGUUAUUGCUGAGAGCAUUGGCGUCGGAGCUUUGCCGGAUGGAGCGGCCAAAGAGCUCGCCGAUGACAUUUCUUACAAGCUGAAGCAGAUUGUCCAGGAUGCCGUGAAGUUCAUGCACCACGCCAAGAGGACAAAGCUCUCGAUGGGCGACGUGGACUACUCCCUCAAAGUGCGCAACAUUGAGCCACAGUAUGGGUUCUUCUCCUCAGAUUCCGUGCCUUUCCGCUUCGCGUCCGGAGGCGGCCGGGAGUUACACUUUGUCGAGGAGAAGGAACUCGAUUUGGUGGACAUUAUUCAGGCUCCGCCACCCAAAAUCCCUCUGGACGUCUCUCUGAGGACUCACUGGCUCUGCGUGGACGGAGUGCAGCCAACAGUGCCUGAGAAUCCACCGCCACUGUCAAAGGAGAAUCAACAACUGGACUCUGUGAAUCCCAUUAAGAAACUCGAGAAGACCAAUGCCAGGGAUACCGCCGGAAAGCCCACAACAGGCAAGACACACAAACUGAAGAACGUGGAGACAGUUCAUGUGAAGCAACUGGCCACUCACGAGCUCUCCGUGGAGCAGCAACUCUACUACAAGGAGAUCACGGAGGCUUGUGUGGGAUCUGACGAAGUGAGGCGCACAGAGGCUCUUCAGUCACUAUCGUGUGAUCCGGGACUUCAUGAGAUGUUGCCCAGGAUGUGCACAUUCAUUGCUGAAGGUGUGAAAGUGAAUGUGGUGCAGAACAACCUGGCCCUCCUUAUCUAUCUCAUGCGAAUGGUGAAAGCACUCCUGGACAAUUCGUCCCUGUACCUGGAGAAAUAUCUCCAUGAGUUGAUACCUUCGGUGUCCACGUGCAUUGUCUCUCGACAGCUCUGCAUGCGUCCCGAAUUGGACAAUCACUGGGCACUCAGAGACUUUGCUGCCCGUCUCAUGGCUCAGAUCUGCAAGAACUUCAACACUUCCACAAACAAUCUGCAGACCAGAGUCACGAGACUCUUCAGUCAAGCGCUGCAGAAUGACAAGACCCACCUUUCAUCGCUCUACGGCGCCAUUGCGGGCUUGUCCGAGCUGGGCAGCGAAGUCAUUAAGGUGUUUAUAAUCCCACGACUGAAGUUCAUCUCGGAGAGAAUCGAGCAGCAUCUCCAGGGAGCCAACAUAAGUAAUACUGACAAGAUUGCAGCCGGUCACAUUAGAGCUAUGCUGCAGAAAGUCAGUGCUCCUGUCCUGAAGACCAUCCGAAAUGCUCCGGACAUCGUAGAAGACUACAAGAGAGACUAUGGUUUCUUGGGUCCCACUCUGCAUCAGGCAGUUGUAAAGGCGAGAAGUGCUCCGCCAGCGCCCACCGUUACUACUCCACCAAAUAACAAUAGUGUCACUAUUGUCACCACACCAAUAGCUCCGUCUAUCUCCAGGCCUCACAUCCCGCAGGUCAUCAGCCAGCAGAGGAUUGGCGGAUUUCAGGGCACUCCUGGGAUUUCCCGGCAAUCCUCGCAGUCUGGUGUGUCUGACGGCCAACAGCCUGGACAGAAGAUUGUGAUUGUGACGCAGAGGCCAAACACACCACAAACUGUGCAAUCCACUCAGGUGUUCACAAUCAGCAAUUCCACAGUCACACAAUGUCCCGCCCCUCCGGAACUCGAUGAUUUGUCACAUUUGGAGUAGAAAUUCCCUGUAUUUU